AUGUUGGGCCUGGCAAGGCGGAUGUUCAGUUCGUUCGACAGUGAGGACAAGCAAAGCUCUUCACCUGCCGAUCAAGCCGAGCCGUCUGAGGCUGGACCAAAGCUGCCUUUGGCCUCUCGACACUUAAGAUUCGAAGCUGGAGCCCAAAGUUCGGAGAACGACAAGGAGGUCUCCGAGCCCCCGGGCCUUGCCUCUCCCACAGGCGCAGAGACGCCUGGAUCAAGGCACCAUGGCGGGGGAGAGUGCAACCCCUGCGCCUGGUACUGGAAGCCCCAAGGCUGCUUGCGUGGAAAAGAAUGCGGAUACUGCCAUCUUUGUCCAGAAGGUGAAGUGAAGCUCAGGAAAAAGGCCAAGUUGGCUGCCAUGCGAGGUGGCGCUAGUCCGACCUCCCCUUCUCCCUUCAGUGCCUCGUCGCCGAAGUUGGGAAAGGAGGAUUCCGAAGCCGAGGUCCCCGAUCGCAAACCGGCACCGUCGGUGGGAUCAGCUCUUCAUGGCACUGGAGAGUGUAAGCCUUGCGCAUGGUUCUGGAAGCCGAAGGGCUGCCAGAAUGGCGCAGAGUGCCGCCACUGCCACCUGUGCCCGAUGGGUGAGAUCCGUCAGCGGAAGAAGGCCAAGGACAAGCAUGCCAAGGAAGAGGAGCAGGCGGAUGUCAGCUGGAACCUCCCCAUGUCCGUGCCGCUGGAGCCACUAGAGCCGCUGAAAGUGGACCUUCCCGAAGUACGUGCGCUGGAUUUACCAGACAUGCCUGGAGACCUGCAAGAGCCUCAGAAGGUGGCGCCGUCGCCCACGUCUGCACUAGGAGGAGACUCCGUGCCGACGUUCAAGCCGCCACCUGGCUUGGACCCGAGCCCGGUGGCCUCAAUUGGCUUGGCGGAAACCCCAGCGAAGCUCCAGGCCAAGGCUGAAAGCUGUCCGGAGAAGUUCGAGGACACCUGCACCCCGAUGGCUCUCAGUCUCUCAGACAUGUUGAGCCCCGAUGGUUCUGGCGAGGACAGCGUCACCCCUCUGAGGCUUUCGGACUACAUUGGUGCAAAGCCAUUCACCCCCAGCAAACUGCUAGAAGGCCUCGAUGAACAGGCAUUCACCCCAGCGAAGCUGAAGGUUGAGAGCGGCCACCUCGAGAAGCUGGAGGACUCUUCCACCCCGAUGGCUCUUAGCCUCUCAGAGAUGCUGAGUCCCGAAGCCUCCGAAGAG